GCAGCUUAGUGCUCCAGCCCCCGCCUCCUGCAGCAGCCCGGUGGGGGGUGGGGAGGCGGGACCGGGUGGCGAGGUUGUGGUCUCAGGGCCGGGCGUGGAGCUGACAUUAUGUACGUCCUGGCCCACUGUGCCAGCUCGGUACCUGUCCGGGCAGUUGCCAUCCAUUGUGCGACAGCGGCGGCAGCCAGAGCGUACCUGGAAGGAGGUCUACAGUGGACGCUUGGCAAGGCCCGCGGUUUCAGAAGCGCCGCUGCAGCUAUGGCCCCGAUCAAGGUGGGAGAUACCAUCCCGUCUGUGGUGGUGUUCGAAGGGAAGCCUGAGAACAAAGUGAACUUGGCAGAGCUGUUCAAGGGCAAGAAGGGGGUGCUUUUUGGAGUCCCUGGGGCCUUUACCCCCGGUUGUUCCAAGACCCACCUGCCAGGGUUUGUGAAUCAGUCUGGGGCUCUGAAGGCCAAGGGGGUCCAGGUGGUGGCAUGUCUGAGUGUUAACGAUGUCUUCGUGACUGAAGAGUGGGGACGAGCCCAUAAUGCAGAAGGCAAGGUUCGGCUCCUGGCUGAUCCCACUGGGGCCUUUGGGAAGGAGACGGAUUUGUUGCUAGAUGAUUCAUUGGUGCCCCUCUUUGGGAAUCGACGGCUCAAGAGGUUCUCCAUGGUGAUCGAAGAUGGUGUAGUGAAGGCUCUGAACGUGGAGCCGGAUGGCACAGGCCUCACCUGCAGCCUGGCCCCCAACAUCCUCUCGCAGCUCUGAGGCCCUGGGCCCAGAUACACUCCUACCCUUUUUUGUUUCACCUGCCCAGCUAAAGGCAGAGGGCCCCAGCCCAGCCUCAGCUAGGGCCACCCGAUUGGAACUUUGGCUAGAUUUCUUCAAUAAACACUUUUGGUUCA